ACGCGAUGUAAGCGUCGCAAAUGUCCGACUAAACUGAGGGUACAAUGGCUGUGGAAAUCGCCAUUAUGAAGAUAUUGAGCAUCGGAAAGUCUUGUUCGCGAUUUAAGUGGGAGACAAAUUAAACUAGCAACAAUGGGCUCUGGAUCUCGAGCGAUGCAGACGAGACUCAUAGAUUAUCUUGUUGUCGUUGGUGUACGCAAGCCAACUCUCGAUUCCACUGAGACGCCGGAACUUUUGCGCCGCUUUCCGCAGAAAGACCACAAAGAUUUCGUUCUACCAGGAGAUGUGGUUUUCUUUUGCCAGCCUGAAGGAUGCAGCACAGUGUCAAAGAAGUUCUCUCUUCGAGAAGCGAAUUCGUUUGCGUUCACGUUAACUGAAAAAGACUCUGGCAAGGUUCGUUAUGGGAUUUGUGUCAAUGUGUUUCGUCCCUGUUCGAAUUUUGUGUACAAAGACCGAGGUGAUGGCAAGGAAAAUACGCUGACCAUCCGGAAGAGAUCUCGAAGUUUUCACAACAAACGGGAUUUUUGUAUGAGCUUGACAUCCUUGUGUAUCAUCUCGCAUCAUCCUUUCUUUCCGACCUUCAGGGAGUGCCUGUUUUUCCUUCGUAAAAUGAUCGACUCCAGAACGGGAAUCGGUGGCAAAGGUCUGGAUAAGAACGACAACGUUGUACCAGGACUACAUAGCUGGUCUGUGUUUACUUGCACAGAGGAUCAGAAAACAAGCCAUUUGGCCCGCGACAUGGAGGAGGUAGAAACCUGGAUUCAACGCCUGCUUCUCGCUCAGGCUCCCAUGCCAGGCAGAACAAGAGUCGAACUUCAUCUUCAUUCGCCCGACUCCUAUCCUCCUUUGACUUUUGCUAUACCGGAAUUGAACCGAUUUUCGCUGGUAGAUUUUCCAAUUCAUAUACCUUUGGAGCUUCUUGGCGUAGAAACAUGCCUGAAGGUUUUAACGUGCAUUUUGCUAGAGCACAAGGUUGUAAUUCAGUCCAGAGAUUACAAUGCCCUGACCAUGAGUGUAAUGGCCAUCACGUCUCUUCUGUACCCACUUGAGUACAUGUUUCCAGUCAUCCCUUUACUACCAACAUGCAUGAACAAUGCUGAGCAGCUGUUAUUGGCUCCCACUCCAUUUGUGAUAGGCGUGCCUGCAAGCUUCUUUCGUUACAAGUCUGAAGGAUUUCAGAUGCCUGGAGAUGUGUGGGUGGUCGAUUUGGAUUCUAACAAGAUCACAGUUCCUUUGACAGCAGAUGAGCUGCCUCCAUUGCCUCAACCAGAAGGUGCAGUGCUGAUCAAGAAUUUGAAGCUGGCUCUUCAAGCACUCAGUAUGCCACCACAGACUGUGAUAAAUCUAAAUCACUCUGCUAUCCUGGAUGAUCUCAGUCCCUUGACUCCUCCUGGUGUGAAUGGUACCACAGCACCAGUGUAUGGGAAUGAUGUGGAUGCAGUCGACAUAGCUGUGAGGUUUGCAAUGGUGAAUUUUUUUUCAUCACCAAACAUUCUUGGAGGUAUCAAAGAACACACAAGAACUCUGAGUCUAUACUCUCGCCCUGUUGUGGCACUCCAGAGAGGGCCAUUCUUGAAGUCAAGACCAGAGCUAUCUGAUUUUGUUGUCAGACUUUCAGAGAGCCAGUCACUAGAAUAUUAUGGAGAGUGGCUGGUAUAUCCAUCAAACACAGUCUUUUUGAAGGUUCUCAAAGGUAUCUAUGAUCCUCAAGUUAUUGGAGACAAAGCCAAGUGGUUUGCUAAUGACCUAGAGCCUGUUGUCUAUCAGGUUUUUGACUCAAAUUCGAAGAUCUACAUGGAACCUUGGAUCGACGUCGACUAUGAACCCAGUUUGAUUUUUGAUGAGGAAGAAGUCACUCCCAACAAUGAUGAAGAUGAUGACAGUAGCAGCUGUCACAGCUCCGUCAGUGACCUUGUGCAAAGGAUGAUCAGUGGAGAUAUUAAUGGGUCCUCACCAAGUGGUCUCCACACACCCCCGUUUGCUCCUGUGAGGGCAUCAUCUCCAUUGCCAGAUUUGCAAGCAUCCUUUACUUUGCCAGGCGCUCCUGUAAUGAUGGGAAACAUGCUUCUCGAUAAGAAGAAGAAAGUGUCAACCGGUAGUACAAGGACAGAUCAUUCUGAUGCCACCACUGACUCAGCAGCUUGUUCACUGAGCAGUGACUCAUGCUCGGUGCAAGAUGACGACAGCGAAGAUUUUAUAUAUUCUGUGUCCAACCCUCCCACACCCAAUCAGACCAGGAAAAAAAUGACUUCAGAUGCAGAAAGUGAGAACACUUUUGUCUCUGGUACCUCCUCGCAUUCCAGCUCUUCCACACAUACCAUGUCUCCAACAGAUAAACAGACUAGUAUGUUCACUAACAGUACUGAAGCUGUGUUAGGUUUGUGGAACAGUUUCAAAAAAUCCACAUUCAACGUAACAAAACCAUUGCAGCAGGAAAAUGCAGAAAAGUCCCCUCUCAAUGGCUUUGCAAAGAAAAUUCCUUCAAGUCUCCCACCAAACAGGCUCUCUCCACAAGAAGAAAAACCUUUCUUCCCUUUUCCAGGAAUGAGGCAGAAACCACCUGUGCCUGGUGAAAGAGUCCCAGGAAGACCUUUUUUGCCAAAACAAACCUCAACAGAAAAAGCUCUGCACAGUGAAAAUCAACAGUUUCUGAAGGAGAUUGUCCGCAGUGUACUUAAAGGUGAUGGUGUGGGCUGGCUUGUAUCAAAGAAACUCCGCAAGCUGAUGACGGAUGAGGCGUUGAGAGCUAUGGUUGCCAAUCGUCUUUACAGUGCUCCCUCAGCUGACAGGAACACAGAUGCUGUGGAUGACAUGCCUAAACUCUGGUGGAGUACCUUGUCCUCACUCUCUCUUGGAUGGUCUGCACCUUCUCCUUCUUCUUCCACUUGGGGCACUGGGGCUGACUCAACCCAGCCUCCAGCCAGCCCUGAAGCCAAGCGAGUUUCUCGCAGUGUCUACAGGGGAAUGUUGGAAGUGUUGAAGGCAGCAGUGUCUGGUUUUGAAGUGAGUGUGGAAAACCAUGGUAUUGGAGGCAUUGCAUCUGCCUUCCAGUUCCUGGAAAUUGCCCACACACACUACCACGGACGAGACAUCCGGGAACAGAUAGCCAAACUACGUGAUGACGACGACAGCUUGUCAGUUAUUUCCAACAGCGACAGCAUAUCAAACUUGUCAGAUCACUCACGAGAUAUGUCUGCGGUCCAGUCCUGGGUUGCCGAGACAGGCAAGAGGCAUGCUCUAUUGAAUGGCCGGAGUGACAGAGACGUGGAAAUGAAUACAACAAAUAGUGAAAUUGAAACAAUAAUGUCGUCUGUGCCUCAAGGCAAGCAGGAUCCGAGGGCACCCCCUGAACUCAUACGCUCUAAUAGUGAUGUGGCUGCACUGUUGAGUAGAAGAGGAAGGGAACUGAAAGAUAAGAUCGCCAGAAGUAGUUCCAUUGAUCCAACAAAGAUUCAGGACCUAGCAAGAGCUAGUAGAGAAGAGAAACUGAGGCAAGACAGGUGUAAAAGUCCAGCCCUGGCUCACAUGAAGCUGAAUAACACUUUGACACGCCGUAACUCGUUUGACCGCCUGAGUCAAACGUCAUCUUCCAUUCCUCCCAGUCCCUUGCUGAGAAAAAGCAACCUAAACAAAGGCUAUCGUUAUUACAAUGGAGACAUUUUUCCCGUGGAAGGGGAUGAAGGGAAGAAGACUACAGGACGACGGUACCUAUUUGAGGGACUGCUUAAUGAGAGAUCAACUGUGUGGGACAACAUGGACUUCUGGGAAAACAUCUUCCUUGAUGCAGUGGCUGCAGAAAGAGACGCAGUGGGAAUGGAUCAAGGACCGGCAGAAAUGAUUGACAGAUACAGCUCGUUAGGUCCCGCAGAGAAGAAACGUCUGGAAGAGGACGAGGACAGGCUUCUAGCGACCAUGUUGUAUAAUUUAGUGGCGUUUAUGAUUGCCUUGAAUGUCGACAAAGAUGCGGUGAAGAAGAAAGUACGAAGGCUGUUAGGAAAAUCACACAUCGGGCUCUUACAAAGCCAGCAAGUCAAUGAUCUGCUCGAUAACCUAAACAAUCUGAAUGGUAAUGAUAUUGAUCUCAAGCCAGCUGGGAGUCGCCAGAUGUUGAAACAUUCCUUCGUUGUCCAUUCUGGAGAUUCUAUGAAUGGAGAUGUGUUUUUCAUGGAGGUGUGUGAUGACUGCAUUCUUCUACGAACUGGAAUGGGGGCCAUAGUGGAAAGAUGGUGGUACGAGAAACUGGUGAACAUUACUUACGCUCCGAAGACAAAAGUACUCUGUCUGUGGUGCAGACAGAAAGAUGAGACGAUUCUGAAUAAGUUUUGCACCAAGAAGUGUAAAGCUUUGUACUACUGCAUCAAGGAAAGUUUACAGAGAGCUGCAGACAGACUCAGUGACAAGGGAACAGGAGUUCAGCUCGGGGGAGAAUUUCCAGUCAAGGAUCUUAGUACUAAUGAAAGUGGUCUUCUACAAGUUACACUCGAGGGAAUUGGGUUGAAGUUUGCCACACGUAGGGUGCAUAUUGACUUGUGUCACAUCAGAAAUUGUUCCACGCAAGGAGGUGUGUUUCUCUUGGAGGAAUUUGUGCCAGCAACACAAGGAACAAUUCAGCACAGAUUUGGUUCACAAAUGUGCAAUCAAAUCUGCUAUGCAGUGCUGUGCCUGUUUUCUUAUGUGGCUGCAUCACAGAAUUCAAACAGCACUGGCUGAGGAACCAUGGUCCAGUCGUGUGCAUGCCUAGAACAGUGAAGAUGACAUUCUCGACACCAAGCUCGUUUCAGCGGCCGUGGACGAGGCUGCACACCAGGUCUCCUCCAUCAGCCCUUCCUCCACCGUCAACAGAGACGGCAAUAUGUCACCAUGGAAAGAACAAUGGCUAGAAAUGUUAAAAUGCAAACGAUAGUGAACGGGCGACUUGAUCAGUUGUUUUCCUUUUUUAAACGAUAUACCACUUCUCCUCUUGUAUAUCUCUGGAAAUUGUACCGACAUAGUUGUUAUUACUAAGCUGCCAUUUUAUGCGCCUGUAGUUUUAAACGUGACUAGACAGAACUUAGAACAGUUAAAGGGACACUGUCACCAUUUUCAGCAUGAUUUUGGAAA